ACAACGACGACCACGAUGAUGAUGACGACAACGGCGAGGGCGACCGUAGCAGGCCGGGCCGCCACGAUUCCGGUGAAAGUGACAAGGGAGAGGAAAAUGAUGUUGUUGAUGGAGAAAACCGAAAAAAGAAAGACGAAGACGAUGGAAAUUAUGGAAAAAAAGGGAACGAUAAUGACCACAAUGAAACAUGCGAACAACUUGAGUGUGAAAAACGAAAGAAGACGUGUUGCUUGCAGACCUCCGAGAGGUGUUACUGCAAGUGUGUUGGACCCGCAAUUUCAUGCAGACUUGUUUGGCGAAGACGUCGUUGCCUUUUUCGUAACAUUCGUGAUUGCGACAAAAGAGGCGGUUAUGAGCAAUGCAGUUGCGUUCAACCGCUCGAGGUAAAAAAGGCUCCUCCCAAUCUAGAGGCCAUCAGGAAAGCACUC